AUGAACAAUUCCGGUGAUAAUGCUCAAAACCGGUCGGAACUUGAUCAGUACUUAGAUGAAGCAGAAGAUGUUCAUGGCGGCACUUCAUUAAUGGUGCAAUCAUUACUUGAUGAAAACGCUUCAUCAGAUAAAUAUUCAAGGUUACAGUACCAAUUAGCAAAUAAAGGUGUUGAAGCAUUACAAAAUGCUGCUGCAACUAAGAUCCAAAAGACUUUUCGUAUGUAUGUAAUACAUAAAAAGUAUCGAAACAUUUAUGAAUCAUUAAUAAAGGCUAAACGAAAUCUAACACGAGCAUAUUUCAACGUUUUAUACUUAAAUACGAACAUGGGUUCCCAACAACGUCGUUCAGGUGCUUAUAAACAGCUUGUACAAGAAUUUAAUUCGAGAAAUAGCUUCCCUCGUAAUUAUAAAUCAGUAUCUGAGUUAACAUUUCGUAUUACAGGGCAAACAUACAUUCCUCGUGAGAUUAAUGAACAAAAUUUAGUUUCAUUUGUCAAAUUUUUUUACGCAAAAUUAAUGAGAGAUGUAUUAAUGGAGUGGAGGAUUGCUCUUUCAAAGGAAAAAUCUCGAAAAGAGCUAUUAAAUCCAUUUGAUUUCCAAAGAUACAGAAGAUUCCAUUCAAAUGUCCAAUUUAUAGCGUUCGGAUUAUGGCGUGGAUGGGCACAAAACAGAGCUCAUGGUAAAAUUAAAGUUAAAUAUGUAUUCCCGGAAUGGAAUAAUUACAUGAAACACAGAGAAGCAAAAUUUGGAAAGAUUCAAAAGGCAGAUCAGAAGCGAAAAGACUUUAUUGGACGUAAUGCAUUACAAGCAUUAUCAACACAUAUGCGUGAAAAGCACCAAUUACAGCAAGAUUUGAUUGCAUCAGAUAAUUUCCGUCUAAAACAGAUAAUGCGAUUAACUUACCAAGCAUGGGCACGCACAAUCCUUCAACAUACACAGAGAUUGAUUUUAGAGCACAAUAUUAUUCAAAGAUGGCGAACUUUGGCUGCGACAAAUUCAAAUCUCAGAAAAUUACUCAAAAUCAUGCAGGCCAGGCACGAACUAUACCUCAAACGCCGUACAAUAGCCAUGUUCCUCGCUAAUAUCAGGGCUUGCGGCAUUACAAGAGCUUACAUUUACUGCAAAUUACAAGCAAAACCGAGUUUAGGCCUUUCUUUCGUUUUCAACCUUAUGAAGAAUGAUUACGAAGCAGCCCUAAGCAGUGCAUUUGCAGGAUGGAGCGCUUACGUCCGCCGUCGUCGAAAUUGGCACAGAUUUCUCUUCCAAAACAUCAAAACAACCGAAUACGAUGUUACAAAGAAGAAAGCACUUGCCGCAUUUCGUAAGAAAGGACCUCCUUACUUAACACCACAGAAUUUCACCGCUGAUGUCUUCAAGCAAGAGAGUUUGUUGCUUUACGAACGUGUUAUGAAAUCAAAUGGCACGGAAAGGAACAUUUUCUUGUUGUUGAACGACAAAAAAGCGAAUGCCGCACAAAGAAACAUUUCCACAGCGAAGAACAGAGUUGAUUCUCGUGAAUUCUUCUUCAAAGCAUGGUUGCAGACGAAAUACAAUCCAAGUUUAUUCAUAAGAGUCGCAAUCAUCAACCACAUGAAGCGGAAAAGUGAAUUUUGUCCUCAAACAGAAGCGGAAAGGUUCAAAAACUCUUUCCACAGGGCUUUCUAUUUCUUACAACAAUGCAAUUUCGCAUCUGCUGCAGGAAUGGUUGCUUUGAAAAAAGCGAUUCAAGAAAACUCCAAAAACGCAUUUAAUAAUAGAAGAUGCGUUUUAGCCAGAGAUAACUUGAUCAUCAAAGCACAUGCAGCACACGAAUCCGCUGAGUUGUACUCGAAAGAAAACCCGAAUUUCAAGGCUUCAUCGAAUCUUUGUCAAUUCGACCAAAUUAAAAAAUUGACAAAUGAUUUGACAGCGAACAUGAAGCCAUUGAUCCAAUUGACAGCCAUUUCUCAAAGGGAAGGACUUGCAAAUGAUCCAAACUUCUCUUUGAUCAAAGGUUGCCAUUCGAGAAUACAAUCUUUGAAGCCAACAAUUGUGAAUUCGAGAACUGAAUAUCAUCAGAAGCUGAAAAGAUUGGAAUUCCAACCGAUUAUCCCUCAGUUUAACAACUUCAAGGGAAAGACUAAUACUGACAAUGUCGGUAUUGGCGCCAAGACACAAGUCACGGUCGAUUCUUUCACAGCGAACAAAGUUGAAAAUGUUUCCAUGAAAACAUACAACAAAAAACUUUUUUCUGCUGUUCCGAGAGUCGGAAGAAGAGCGAGGGUUAUCAAUCACGCCAUCAAGAACAAGUUCAAUGUUAACAUGAACUACGAAGAAGACGAAGAAGAGGACUUACUGCCAAUGAUUAAUGUCCAAUCCGUUGUCGGAUUGAAAGAAAAUCUUGGAGUGUCAAAUUUGGAUUUUACAAGACAAUUGUUAGUUUUUUCAAGUCGUCUUAGUUUGUCAAGUAGUUCAUUUAACAGCCAGCUGAGUGUUACAAGCGGAGAGACAGACAUCAUUGAAGAGAAUGAUGAAGAAGGAGAAACAAAUCCAUUCAAGAAGAAACACAUUUUGAACUUGGACGGUUUUGGCGAAAUUGUUGAAGAAAACGAAACUGAAGAAGAAGAUUAUUACGAAGAAGAAAGCAAAGUAGAUGCAAUUGAGAAACUUAAUUUGGAUGAUGAAGAAAAGAAAACUGUUCAUCAAAGCUUGGACCAUAUUUUCUCUUCUUCAAUCACGAGAAAUCAGAGUUUUGAAGAGCUAAACAUUGAUCCUGACAUGUCCACGAAAUACAAACAAUUUGUUGACAUCUUGUUUUCUGAUCCAAUAGCACUUCAAGACGCAAAUCUCGACAACGUCAGAAGGAUAUUGAUUGAAAAGGCGGAAUACAACGCUCCUAUCAUGAAAGCUGCUGUUGACACAAACAAAUACAAGAUGCCAAUCUCUAAUCUAACAAAUGCUUAUCGUAAAGAACAUUUUCUUUCUGGAUCUGAUGAUGAAAAAGAAGAGGAAGAAGAAGUAAACGAUAAGAAAAGUGUCGCUUCAAAGAAAGGCUUGAUUGCACGUCAACAAAGCAAAUUCAAGUCGACUGAUUCAAUUGAUGCUGGACAGACAUCAAUAUCAUACACAUCCAAGAAAUACAAGAGUCCUCCACCAAAGAAAUCAGUCACAAGAAUGACAAUUGGAAGUCGUGGUUCAAUGACAAAAAGUGUCAAAUCUGCCGAACCCGAUUCAAGCGAUGAUGAUGACGAAAGAUUAUUCAGAGAGCACCAACACGUCAUACAACUUGAAUCAGACAAUAAAACAGCGAAAGUUGAAGAGGAAGAAGAUCAAAAAGAAUCAGAUUCAGAGUCACAAAAAGAAGAAGAGAAAGCAAAGGAAGAAGAAGAGAAGAAAGAGGAAGAAAAGAAGGAAGAAAGCGAAUACUCAUAUUCUUAUUACGAAGAAGAAUCAAAUGUUGAAGAAGAAGAACUUGAAAGUGAUUAUUCUUACGAAUACUACUACGAAGAUGAAACAGAAAGUGUCAAUAAAUCUGAAGUUUUGUCAACAAUUGAAUCAUCUCAUACAGGAGAAAGCGAACCAAUCAAUGAACCAAAACCAGAACAACAAGAAGCACCUGCUUCUACUGAUAAUGAAACGAAAUCAACAGUUUCUACUGCAACAACUCCUUCUCAUCACAUCAAAAAAAAGAGAAGAAAAGAGAAAAGUGUCAAAGAUGACAGAUCAUCAACGCAUUCACGUGUUUCUACACAUCAUUCUCGUGCAUCUAGUUCUAAACUUAGUACUAAAUCCAGUGAGAAAGAUACACCUGCAACGCAUCGCAGCAGAAGAUCAAGAAGAAGACAUAAAAGAAAAGAAGAAACUCCUCCAGAACCAAAGAAAUCAAUGGACUUCGACAAACUCAACAAAGUCGUGUUCCAAUUCGUUGAGAAGUCUGUGAAACACAUUGAUCUCGAGAACCUCGUCGAAAUUGAUCCUGAUGCAACAGAUGAAGACAUGAAGCCAACGAAGAUGACAAUUUCUAAACCGAAACAAGAGAAACAAAGAAAGAAAUUGUACGAACCACCUGAAGCACCUGCAGGAUAUCAACCAAAGGUGUUUGCAAAGAGAAUGCCGAAACCAAAGAAAGAGAAGAAGAUCAUUGUUGACCAGAAACAAGAUAACAUGACGAAUUCUAUGGAGAAAAUCAUCCACGAAGGAAACAUGUUGAACAAAGUCAUUUACAACCAAGGACAAACACAAAUUGUACCAAAGAUUGCAACGAAAAAGCCUCUACCUCCUUUCCCUCCUGAAAAGAACAACGUUGAAUACAUAAACAAUGUUGAAAAGCCUGUCCAACCCGAAAAAACUGAGCCGAGAAAGAGAAAACCAAUGAUACAAAACAACAAUCAAAAAGAACCAAUCGAAGAAUUCCCUGAUUUCAGUGGUUUCGUCAGAAUUGAUGAUCCUAAUGAAUCAAAGCCAAAGAAACAAGGUCCAAAGAUACAACAUGGUUUAGGAUAUAAAUCUUAUCCUAAGAAACCACCUCUUGAACAUUCAGAUUUGAUGUCUUCAAUUGAACAAAAAUCAAUUGCUCCUCAACAAAAAGUGACACAAAAAUUGUUGACAACUGUUCCAAUCAAGAAACCAAUUGUCAUCAAGAGCGAUGCAUUGUCAUUGCACAGUUAUAGCAAAUCCAGUGCUACGGGCUCUUCGAUAACAACUUCUUCUUUGUUGAGUAAGAGUUCAUCUCUUAAAAGUGACUUUAAUUCGAAAGCUCUUCGAAGAAUUGUCAGACAAAUUGUCGAUGUCAUUGCUACAUCUCCUGAAGGAACAACAGAGCUCAAGAGGUUGUACAGGAGAUCUGCAAUGAUGAGAAGAAAACCAGCUUUCGUUGGUUUGAAAGCUCCAGAAUAUUCCGUCAACAACCAGUUUUAUGAUAAAACUCAGUCAGUUUUAAUCAGAUACACGACGAGCCAGAAUGUCCACAACGCUGCGGAAGAAGUGUUCGAGAUCUUCUCCGAGAACACUGAGAACGCACACAUCUUGAUUGAAGAAGUAGAAAGAGCUCUUGCUGAUAUCAAAGAAAGUGAAAAAAGCGUUUUAUCGCAUCAACCAACGGAAAAGAUCGAUCCAAGUACACUUCCUCCAAGCAUUGCUGUUCAAUUGGUUGAUUUGGAUUGGAUGGGAACACUUGGUUUGUCUUCUACAGGUGUUGAAAUCAUGUAUAAAGAUAACGGAAGAGGUCAAUGGAGUGCUGUUUUGGCUCCAAAUAAAAAGAACAAUGAAAGAAAUGAAAGAAGAGGAAAAGGAAGAAGAAGGAAGAAAGAGUUCUUCUUACAAGGAAGAAGAGAACCAAAUGAAUUACCUCUCGAUGAGUUAAUGUUAGUUUCACAAUACGUUCCGCAAGAAAUGGUCAACCAAGUUUUGUCAAAAUACGGAAAUUUCCAUGAUAAUGAAUAA